AUGGUUCCACGUGAAGAUGCUGUUCAACCAUUUGAGACCUUCUUGAGAAGAUUCAGAAGAGGAUAUGAUUCUGGAGUUGCUGGAUCAGCUGGAUCUGCUGAUGGAAAGUGCAACUGUGGACCACAACCAAAGAACUGUCCAGCCGGACCACCGGGACCACCAGGAAAUCCAGGAACACCAGGAGAUGACGGACCAAUUGGAAGAGCUGGAAAUCCAGGAAGAGAUUCAACUGAAGGAGAUCGUAUGGCUGAUUUCAACAAGGAUGUCAAGUGCCCAGCUGGACCACCAGGACCACCAGGACCAGAUGGAUUCCCAGGACAUCCAGGACCAGAUGGAGAGUUUGGAAUCGAUGGACCAAAUGGAAAGGAUGGAGAACAAGGACCAGACGGACCAGAAGGAGAUUCUGGAACACCGGGACUUCCAGGACCACCAGGAGAAGAUGGAACUAACGGACAAAACGGAACACGUGGAAAGGGACAACCAGGAGAGCAAGGUCCAGUUGGAGCACCAGGAGAGCCAGGAAAGGAUGGAGAACCAGGAGAGAAUGGACAAGAUGGACAACAAGGGCCAGAAGGACCAGCUGGACCAGACGGACAACCAGGACAUCCAGGACCAGACGGACCAAGCGGAGAUGUUGGAGAAGUUGGAGCUCCAGGAGCUGAUGCUGCCUACUGUCCAUGUCCACCAAGAUCAGCCGAAAUGGCUGCUACCGGAGGAUCUGACUCGGCUCCAGCUGGAUACGAUGCACCAGCCCCAGCCGCUGUUCCAGCACCAGCCCCAGCUGCUUAUGAAGCUCCAGUCACAACUGCUGCACCAGCUCCAGCAGCUACUGGAUAUGAUGCUGCAGCUCCAACUGCUCCACACCCACCACCACCAGCUCCAGUUGCCCCACCAAAGCUUCACGAUUACGAGUCUCCAGCUCCAGUAGCAGCUACACAAGAUGCUGCUCCAGCGGCUCAGCCAUACAAGAGAAGAAAGGUUGCCAGAGCUAUGAUGGCUUAA